AUGAAUAUCAAGAGCUCAGAUGGAAACCCAGUUCCAAGCAAAGAAGGGAAAGCAGAAAGGUGGAAGGAGUAUAUAGAGGGUCUAUACAAGGGCGAUGUUCUUGAGGACAAUUUUAUAGAACUGGAAGAGUAUGUAGAUGAAGAUGAAAUAGGAGAUACGAUACUGCGUGAAGAGUUUGACAGAGCACUGAAAGACCUGAGUCGAAACAAGGCCCCCGGAGUAGACAACAUUCCAUUAGAACUACUGAUGGCCUUGGCAGAGCCAGUCCUGACAAAACUCUACCAUCUGGUGAGCAAGAUGUAUGAGACAGGCGAAAUUCCCUCAGACUUCAAGAAGAAUAUAAUAAUUCCAAUCCCAAAGAAAGCAGGUGUUGACAGAUGUGAAAAUUACCAAACUAUCAGUUUAAUAAGUCACAGCUGCAAAAUACUAACGCGAAUUCUUUACAGACGAAUGGAAAAACUGAUAGAAGCCGACCUCGGGAAAGAUCAGUUUGCAUUCCGUAGAAAUGUUGGAACACGUGAGGCAAUACUGACGCUACGACUUAUCUUAGAAGAAAGAUUAAGUUAUGAUCCCAACACAUUUACACUGGGCUGA